CUCCUGCCGCUGCUCCCGGUCUCCGCACGCCGCGGCGCGAAGGCGCGGGAGAGGCGGCAUGGCUGUCGGAUUCCGGAGCUGCCAGAUCGCCCUGAUCUUCUGGGCCGCUCUCGGAGGGGAGAGCAGGUUCUUGGAGGUUGGAAAUUCCAACUAUUCUGGAGGGAUGUCAGGAUGCCUUGACAUGCUAAGUAUAGAAGGGCAGUUCACCUUCACCGCAGGUCAGCCCCAGGUACAUUGUGCUACAUUCUUCAUAGGAGAACCAGAGGAGUUCCUCAGCAUAGAUUUUGAUUUUGUCAACAUUGACUGUCAAGCUGGAGAUUUCUUGAAGGUUUUUGAUGGCUGGAUACUGAAAGGUGAGAAGUUUCCUAGCUCUUUGGAUCACCCUCUCCCCACCUCUGAAAGGUAUAAAGAUUUCUGUGAAGCUGGAGCUAUCAGGAGCACCAUCAGGUCAUCUCAGAAUGUUGCAAUGAUCUUCUUCAGGAUUCAAGAUGCAGGGAAUGGAUUCACAUUAACAAUAAAGAAGCAGCCCAAUCUUUUCCCUUGCAAUGUCAUCUCUCAGACUCCGAGUGGAAGGUUUAUGAUGAUUGUUCCUCAUCAGCAUCGGAACUGCAGUUUUUCCAUUAUCUACCCAGCAGUGAUAAAAAUAUCAGAUCUUAGGCUGGGUCAUCUGAAUGGCUUUCACUUGAAGAAACCAACUGCAGGCUGCAGGAGCGCUGGAGAUUUUAUGGAGUUGCUGGGUGGAAACGGGUUAGACCCUUCUAAGAUGCUUCCCUUGGCUGAUCUUUGCCAUUCUUUCAGUGGCCCCGCUCAAAUGAAGAUCGGCUGUGACAACACUGUAUUGAGGCUGGUUUCAAGUGGAAAGCAUAUCAAUCAAGUAACCUUUGAAUAUUUUCAGUUGGAUCAAUAUGAACAGGAAAAGAACAGCCUCGAGGAUUUCUGUCUUUCAAGUGUUUGAAAUAUCAGACAAGUCUCUCUUCCUGUAAUGUAUUAAGUUUGAGCAGCUAACCUGGUGAAACACUUCUGUCUAAGCACUUAUCUUUUCGUAUGAAAUCAUUAUUUCCACAAUUAUGAUUAGAACAGUGUUACUCCUACCAUUUGCGAUAUAUUGUCUUUUUCCUGUCUUUAAGAGUAUUUAAUAUGUCCAAUAGAUGCAAGUCUGUACAGAUUCCAAAAGCAGCCCUUAGGCAUACUUGCAUCCAUUAUUCCAAGUAUGGUAUAUGUGCUGCAUCAGGGUGCCUAUUUAUAGGGCCAUAGAUGUUCAAAUACAUGCACAAUUGCACAUAUCCAUUUUAGAACAUUGUGAAAUUCAAUUUGCAGUUUAUCCUCUAUUGGUGUCAAAUAUGAAAAGACAUUUCAGUUUUAUAAGAGAAUAUUGCUGUGCACAAAUUUAAUUGCCAGUUAAUUUAUUUAAACAAUGUAUAUUCAG